GGGGAGGGGCUGGCUUAGAAUGUGGGUGGGGCUAGAGGGAAGGGGCAGAGCCUUGUCGGAGUGUGGGCGGGGCUAGAGGCAAGGGGCGGGGCCUGUCGGAAUGUGGGUGGGGCUGGGGUCAGAACGCGGCCGGAGGUGGGCGGUGGGGAGUGGAGGGCCUCCAUUGUCCUGCUUGCCUGUGGCCAUGGGCCUGCUGGCCAGCCUCUCCCCGCAGCGGCUGAAGGCCUCCCUGCAGAAGGGCCGGAAGAGGCGGGCGGUGGCGGCGAGCGAGAGGGUCCCGGACUCCCCGGAGGAGAGCCGUGGGCGGGCCCUGGUGCGCAGCGUGGGGGGCUUCGUGCUGGGCCUGACCCUGUCGGGGGCCUACGGGGCGCUGGUCAUCUUUGCCCAGGGCUACAACAUCUGGUACUGCCUGAUGUCCACCCUGACGCUGGCCACCGGCCUGGCCCUGGGCAUGGCCUUCUCCCGCAAGGUCCGGGCCACCGUCCUGCUCACCUUGCCGCAGGUCUUCUCCCGCGAGGGCAAGACCAUGAUGCUGUUCCUGGCCUUCUGCCUGGCCCUGCAGGGCCCCUUCGCCAACAUCCUGCGCAACUUCACCCGCAGCGCCGAGGCCGUCUGCUGCGGCGCCGAACUCGCCCUCAACCAGACGGCCGAGAUGGUGCAGCGGGCCAAGGAGCCCCUCCUCAACGCCUUGCAGAAGAUCAAGGACAUCGCGCGGAAGGCCAAAGUGGUGGGUGACCGCGUGCGGAAGCUCUUCAGCUCGGUCAUGGACGCCGUGAAACACGUCGCCCGCUGCCUGCGCAACGUGUGGUACUGGCUGGUGCACGUGGGGGACAUCUGCAACAAGGAGAUGGGGGCCCCGUACAAGAAGUGCGUGGCCCUCUUCGAGACCGCCAAGGACGAGUGCAUGCGGGUCGUGCCCUUGCUCUUCCUCCUCUGCUACAUCGUCCUGCUCUUCAAGUACCUCUGCGGCCUGGCCAACAUCCUCCUCGUCUUCUGCAUCAUCCCCAACUACAUCGUCCCGUUCCUGCGCCAAAAAGUGGCCGAUCCCAUUGUGGACAUCCUGAAGCGCAUCCGGGGCGAGUUCGAGUUCAACCUGACCACCAUCAACAGCUACGACGUGACCGUCAACGCCAGCAAGAGCCUCUCGCAGGUGGCCUUCGACAUCAUGGAGGAGGUGGGCACUCGCCUGCAGCCGGCCCGCGAGGCCAUCGGGAUGUUCGGCUACGUCUCCACCUUCAUCAUCAUCUUCAUCUACGUCAAGGCGUUGAUGUACCGGAAGCGCUACUUGCAGGACGACAGCUACGACAACAUCUACAUCACGAGGCCCUUCCUGGAGAUGGACGCCAUGCGCCGGAGGCUCAGGAAGCCCACCGUCCUGCCGCUCACGUCCAAGGAGAGCGGCCGCUACAUCCGCCCCGCUUCACUGACCCUGCCCCGGAAGGAGCAGCUCCGCUACGCCCUGUCCCUCAUCUCCGUCUGCCGGCAGAUGAUGGUGGUCAUCAUCCUCAUCGCGGCCGACUACUCCAUCUUCUGGCUCUUUGACCUGGUGCGCUACCAGCUGCAAGGGGAGGUCGUCGCCAGAGCCCCCGUGACCAUGACGGUGAGCGUGAACGGGUCCGGCUACUCGGGGGAGAUGUACCGGGACAUGGUCUCCUCCUUCUCGGUGCUGCAGCGCCAGAACGUCAGCGUCCUCUCCCACCGCUGCCUCCUCCGCCCCUCCGAGCCCGACUACCACGGAUACGUCGUCCUCGGCAUCCUGUACGGCAUCUGCUUCUUCACGGCCAUCUUCGGCGUCUACAUCCAGCGCCUGCAGCGUGUCGUCUGCGCCUGGUACUAUCCUUCCCGUGAACGGGAGCGGAUCUCGUACCUCUACAACACCAUCCUGACCCGGCGGACCGGCUUGGCCUCGGCCAUCAUGAAGGCCAUCCGGCAGCGGUCGGCGGACGGGGGACACCAGAACAUCCUCCUCAUCUUUGCCGCCAAGUUCCCCAUCUGCAAGUGGCUGGCAAAGAAGCUGGGCGUCCACGCCUCGUACUGCAUGGGCUGCGGGAAGAUCCGCGGCAAAGAGGAAAGCGAGUGGUUCGUGACCUGCAGCACCCCCUCCUGCCAAGGUAUCUACUGCCCCGGCUGCUAUCAGUACCUGAACAACACCUGCUCCGUCUGCAUGGCUCCCCUCACCUUCCAGGGAGACAUGGACGAGGAAGUGGACUCAAGCGACGAGGAGGCGAUGGGGCUGUGGAUCGGGGCCGUGCGGGCCUUGCGCGGGGCCCCCGGCCGGGAGCAGCGCAGGCAGCGCCGGGAGCUCAAGGCCCGCAUCGAGAGGGCGGCCAAAGGGGAAGGCGGCUGCCGCAAGCUCCCCGCACACGUGGCCAAGACCGUCCUGGCACAGCUGCGCGAGGAAGAAGGAAGCAGCAGCGAGGGGAGCGCCUCCUCCUCCUCCUCCUCCUCCUCCUCCUCCUCCUCCUCCUCCUCCUCCUCCAGCAAAGGCAGCGGCAGCUCCUCUUCCUCCUCCGAAUCCAGCCUAGAUUUCAGUUACCAGAAAAAGGCUGAAUCCAGCGGAAGCAGCAGCAGCAGCGAGGAGCUGGAGGAAGUCCAAACGCAGAAGAAAUAGAGAGGGAAACUCUCCCUUUCCAAAAGAAAUGCAUGUCUUACCUUAAUUAAACGUAUAUAUAUAUAUAUAUAUUCAUUUUCCAAAGGC